AUGGGAGUACAAUUCCGCAGUAUGGGGACUUUAAAGGACGUUGCGAUGCAGCUGAAAUCCAUCACCAGCAUCCAGAAGAUUACAUCUUCCAUGAAGAUGGUUGCUUCAGCUAAGUUCUCCAAGGCUGAGCGUGAGUUGAGAUUGGCCGUCCCCUAUGGCAUCAGUGUUGCCAACUUUUACGAUAGAACUGGGAUUGUGGCGCAGCUGAAAGAGGAUCACUCUCCCGUUAAAAGCCAUCUUGUAAUCGCAAUCACUUCCGAUCGUGGUCUUUGUGGAGCUGUCAACAGCACCAUAGGAAAGCUUUUACGUGAAAUGCUCUCGCAUCCUCCCGCCGGUGAAGAAAUAAAGCUGGUUCUGAUCGGGGAUAAGGCUCGUGCUUUCCUCGCUCGUCAAUUCUCAGAGCACUUUUUGAUGUCAUUCACUGAGGUUGGGAAAAGACCGCCAACAUUCGAAGACGCCUCACUGAUCGCGCAAGCUCUUCUCGAUUGCGACUUUAAGUUUGACAAGGCAACAUUAUUCUAUAACAAGUUCAAGACUGUCGUCUCCUACACUCCCGUCGACCAGCCUAUUUUUAGUCUUGAGCAACUUCAACACGCUCCUUCCCUCGCACUGUACGAUUCUGUAGAUGAUGAGGCACUUCGUAGCUACAAUGAAUUCCUCCUCUCAUCUUUAAUCUUCUACGCACUGAAAGAGGCUUCGGCAAGUGAGCACUCGUCGAGAAUGACUGCAAUGCAGUCGGCUACGAACAAUGCUAGUGAAAUGAUCGAUGAAUUGACUCUCGCCUUGAACAGAACCCGCCAGGCUGUCAUCACGAAAGAGCUGAUUGAAAUUAUCUCCGGUGCCGCUGCUGUCUAA